AUAGAUUUCAGGAUUACCACCAUGUUAAGUGAAAAUACCGUAUAUAUGUUGUAACGUCCGAAGUUGUAUCGUGCCGUCCUUGUGCUAACUGGAGUUUCGUUAACAACUAGUACGCACAGUCUCCCAACUGUUUGUGUUAAAUUCGUUCUAUUCAAAUAAUACGUCACGUGACUACUGAUCGCCCGCAGUCGCUCUCCUUCGAGAAGAGCAAGUACUAAAGUAAUUGUAGUGGACUUGAUGAAAAGGGUGCUUAAUGAUGUAAUUGUAGUUUCUAAAGUACGCAAUCGAACACAGUUCGAUGAAGCACGAGUGACAAAAAAGGUUGAAAAGAUGAUGAUUUCGGCAAGUGAUGCAUGAAUAAUUGACUUCCAGACGAGUACUGCAUAUUAAACCAUAUUUGCACAUAUAUGCAGCUGAAACAGUUCAGAAACACGACUUAAAAUGUUGUGAGCCACCAGCCUAGUCAAACAGCUUGUGUUGCUCCAAAUAACAAAAACGAGUUGAUGCUAUGUGUAACAAAACGAGUUGAUGCUAUGUGUAACAUAACGAGUUGAUGCUAUGUGUAUAUCUUUGAAAAGUAAAAUAUGAAUUAAUAUGUAAAAGAUCGUUGGUUUAUCUAACGAAAAUGGUUAUUUUACUGAAUAUACCAUUUGUAUUUUUUGUGCUUGCUAUUUUUCCUGGAUUGAUUUUUAUUAGAAACUUGGUGUGUUCUUCGACUUUCACGAUGAUUUUGCUGUGAUUAUUGCACGUGUACUGUGAAGAAUCUGUGCAGUUGUAGGAAUAUUUCAUAAACAACCUAUUGUUUUCCAUCAAAUUUUCGAACCUAGUGUUUGAUUUUUCUUAACAGAGGCAUCUAUUAUUUUUUUAAAGUUGUUGUUUGACACUUCUUAAGUUGAAUUCCAAUGUACACAGUCAAAGAAAUGUUACGACAAAGCCACAAGGUCGCCGAGUUUCUUACCGACGAAUCCCCCGUCCGACCGCCGCGUUCUCGUACGAGAAUGAGGAAAUCGGCGUCGGUGGUUUCCAACAGGACUUCAAUAUCAAACCCAUUACCGCAUGAUGGCGCUCCGGUGUUAACUGUGGGCGAUGACUGUGCCAUCAACGAAUUGCUGGAGGGUCGUAUGGAGCUUGAUGUCAUCCUUCCCGAUGAAAAUAAAGUCCGAAUGACUGUAGAAAGAAAGAUGCCUAUGAUGGACCUUCUGGUGCAAGUCACAACAGCCAAUAAAAUUAGUCCAGGAGGCCACGUGAUCCAAGUUCUUACAGAGAGAGGAAAGGAAAUCCAGUAUAAACCUAACACUCCCAUUGGCUCAUUGGAUACCAAUAUAAUCUAUAUAGUGUCAAAGAGUUCUGUUAUGGAAUCUACUGCGAAGAAAUUACCGAAAAUUCCCAAUAAACCGUUUGAGCAAACCUUUAGGCUUCAAGUGAAACUCCCAAGAAACCAGCUAACAGUUUUGAGAGUUAGCCCCAAAAUGACACUGGCAGAAGUUAAAAGAAUAGUAUGUUCAGAUAAAAAUCUUGAUAUAAACAAUUAUCAUUUAGUGCGAUCAAAUCAGCCCAACAAUAUUCUGGACUUAAAUAUCACGCUAGCCAGCUAUGGGAGUACAGAGAUAAGCCUGCUAUCUAAUAAAAGUAUUACAGCAAACAUUUACUCUUCUGCCACUGAUUUGAUUGCUUAUUCUACAAGAGAGGAUGAAAAGACGACUAAAAGAGGAAUUCUUGGAAUGUUAACUAGAAAAAAAAGCAAAGGGAGUUUGGCAAGUUCAAGCAGUGAUGGUGCAAAUAGUCAAGGAGAUUCUCCAAAUUCUAGUAAUGAUCAAACUGAUCAGGUAAAGAAGACAGUUACUGUAAAGCCAAGUAUAAAGAAACGACCAGCACCACCUCCACCAUCCCAAAAGACAAAUAGUGGGAUAGAAAUCUCUGAUCAACUAGGCCUAGCCUCACAGCUGAGGGAUGAUAAUGGUUGCCUUCUUGCAUCUCACUCUCGACAGAGCUCGGACUCUAGUGGUUAUCAUGAAGCCUCUGUCUUCAGCGAACUUCCAGAGAAUACAUCUCCAGAAACUUCUAGUGGUAGUGGGAGCAGUGGCUUAGAGCAUAGUGAUACCCUAGUACACUCAGCUCCUUAUCCACCACUAAGAAAAAUCUUAGCCUCAAAUAAAGAUGCAAAAUCUCAUCGGACUGUUAAAUCUAAUUUGAUCUAUGUUCCUUCAGCAUCAAGUAUAUCAGUUGUUAGUGCUGUUGGGAAAAAACGUAAAGCUCCACCACCACCAAAGAGGGACAUCAGUAAGCCAGAAUUAGAUCCAGUUAGGGAGAUGAGUGCUGCAGGAGAGAAUGGUGAUAUUCAGUCAGAAGUAAAUCAAGAAAGAUUAGAACAUGAAUUUGGUGAAGGAAUUGAUGUGAUAGAAAACACUCGUAGUACAGAUCAUGAAGAUGCAGUGACAUUCCAAGCUAUAUCAGAGCCUUCUAGUAAGUUUGCUGUAGUACCAUCUCCUCCAUCAGACGAUGUGGUCAUACAUUCACUCCAACCCAAUCCUCCACCUGAGUUUGCUGAUAACAGUGAUGAAAGUGCCAUUGAAAACCUUGAAAAAAAAUCACAACUUGGUGAGAUGAAUUUUUCCUCUGACAGUGCAUUCAUGUCAGAAGAUGGCUGUUCAAUCUCUGACUGCUCAACUGUAUUUGAUUUAGUUCAACCUCCUGAAGCUUUUACUAACUUUCAUUUGUGUCAUAGCACUAACCAUGACUGUGGUGAUUAUGAUGCAACUGCAUGGUCUUCUUCAUUUGUUAAUAUUCCACCUUUUGACCCUUCACCGGGAAAACCCACACCACUGCCAAUUUCUAAACCCCAAGAGGAGAUUGAAACUACAAACGAAAGUAAAGUCUUAUCAUAUUCAGAAGAACAAACAGUAAAAGAUGUACAACAGCAUCAACGACAGAACAGCUUGUCCUCUAUUGACACUAUAGAUGACAUAGAGAACACAUUCCGACAAACCAUUGCAGAGGGUGAAAGAGCUCUUGAGAGGGAUCAAGAAAAAGAAAUUGACAGAACUUCAGAUAUGACGAAAGGGAGUGCCUGUUUCAAUCAAAACAUUACCCAGCAUCAACUUUUGUCUCAUAUUGAAGCAACAUUUUCUGCUGUUGAGCAGCAGGCUGAAGAUGUGUUAUUAUACGAGCCAUCGUCUGAGUACAACACUCUUCCUGGACCACCUCAUUCAUUUAGAGAUAAUGAAAAAAAUCACCUCCAGCAGGAUGAAGAUGAAAAACUUAGUUCUACUGAGUUUUGUGCUGUACCUAGUACUUUAUCCUUAGAAUUACAUGAUGCUGAAUACCAUGAAAAAUCAAAAGUCAAUAUACAAGAGCAAGCUGUUAGUGUUAAGCAAACACAUAAAGUGCCUCUUACCAAUUUUGUAAUUAGUUCUUACAAAAAAGAAAGAGAAAAUAUUUAUGGAUCCAAUCCUAGAGUCAACACAGAAUUGUUUCAGCAGUCUGUUUGUGCUUCUCAUUUUCGUGAUGAAACGGUUAAUGAUGUUCAAAAACAUCCUGAUAAUAUAGGAAAAGAAAAUAAAGUAGGAAUUCAAGAUGAAACUGCAAAACCAAGAUGCAAGAAGGAAUCAAUCAGAAAAGACCCAAACUUAAAUGUCCAACAACAAAAAAAUCAGGAAUUUUUAACCCCUAGAUCUCAGUCAGCUGUACAUCUUGAAGAUGGGUCUGUUCAAGGUUUCAGAAGGCAGAUUAAACUUAGGUGUACACAACUUACUGACCUUGAAUCUUCGCCUUUGACUGGUAGAUCCACUUCCAUGCUGAAUCUAGUACCACUUCCAGCUGUGCAUAUUAGAGAACAUAGAAAUACACAUCCUGGUAUCUCGGAGACCUUGAGAAGAGUCCAGUCUGAACACAAUGUCAAUAACACAUCUUGUAAUUCAGAGUUUUCAGAUGAAAAUAAAGAACUUCAGGCAAAAUAUGAACAGCUAAAAGAACAGUUGUUGGGAUGGCAGCAGAAGAUUGUUCAAAACCAGAAACUUUUACAAAAUGGGGAAACUAGCUCAAAAGUUAUUGCAAAAUCUCUAGAGCAGAAUCCUUUUUGGAUCAAUGACACAAGAUCAUAUGUAAAAGACUCUGCAGAAGUUAAGCUUCAAAAACUUUCAAAAGAAAAAUUAGUACAUCAGGAUGUUGGCUUGAUUAAAAAAAGGCAAGUUUUAGCUAAGAGUCAGAAAAGACCCAAAUCUCAGAUGCUAACAAAUGUUACUAUUGGCUCAUGGCAACAAAGAAACCAUCAGGAAGAUCCAGGUCGUUCCAAAUGUCAUAGUGUUGAGAACCUUACUGGUCCACCCUCAGAGCUACAAAUGUCCACCAUGAAUGGAAAAUGUAUUGACUCAUGCUUCACAAAUACUCUCAAUGUGCCAAAGUCUUCCUUUGAACCUAAAGAAGAGCCAAAGUUAGACAUUCAAAUGACUAGUCAAGGUGAAAAACCAUUAUCAAGCUCAUUAAAAUCUGUCGAUAUGUCAGGAAAACAUAAGCAGACCGAACCAGAAAGUCACUGCAGUAAUCGAUUAUCACUACGUGAGCCGAAAGUUAUUAAGGUGAGCAAUAACAAUUAUAAAACAGGAGCAAUUCAAACAUAUUUUGGUGCUCCUGUGGUGAAAGGUUUUUCAAAUGAGGUCAUACAAAACCUGUUAAAAGAAGCACCUCCUCAGAAAAGUGUUAUUCAGACUAACGAAAGUGGAAAUUUCAGCCUAGGGUUAAAAUCUAACAAGAAUGGAACUACAAUUUCCAGAACAGACCUGAAUAUGCAAAAAAUGAAUCUUCCUGCAAAAUCAAAUAAUCAACAACUUGGCUCAACUAAUUGCCAUCAAAAUAUUCCACCACCAUCUUCAAACGUCAUCACCACUGUUCCUGCUCACACCUUAUCAUCCAAGUGUAAGCCUAAAGAAAAGAAAAAGACUUCUGACUUUUCUGAUAUAGAUCCAAGAGAUAAACUAAUGAUUGACAUCAGGAAUUUUCGAGGACGUUCAGCCCUUCGUAAGGUAACUGUAGCAGAGACCAACUGGCAACUGAAAGCUUCCUAAAGCUUAUUCUACCAGUAAUCAUUUCAUCAACCUUUUGAAUAUAAUCCAAGACUUGUUGUUUGUGUACAUUACAAUAAGCCUGAUAACAGGAGAGCUAUCAUCAUAAGAUGAUUUAAAACACUGAGAUAUUUUUUUAGUAGGUUGGUACUUUAAGACCAACUACAGUAAACACAUUACAUUCCUCAGAAAUCAUGAUUAGAACAGUCAAAUAAGCCAUGGAAUAUUGUGUGCCAGUCAUUAGCUUUAAUGUUCUAUAUUUUUUAACUUUAAUAACACUAACUUUUUUAAACAAUCUAUUAAGCACAUUAAUUACGAUUUUAAUUUUGCUAAAGUCCCAUCUGCUGUUUUUAUUAUAAAAAGAGGACCCUAAGUAAAAAAAUAUUUUCAUGACUUAGGUAAGUUCAUAACAUGUAUAUCAGAAAUAGUUCAGUCAGACCAAAUUGUGACCCAGUUAGAUGAGAGUGCAAUGUGUAAUAAGUAGAUUAAAAACAUAAAAAUUGUGUCAACACCUGAAUCAAGACAUGCUGCUGAAAAGAUCUUUGCAUAUGCACAUAUUGAAAAUGUUGUUUUAUUAGAUGGCAUUCCAUAAAUCUAACUAAACACUUUAUUUAUAUUUUAAAGGAUAAAAAGAGUUUUGUCAAUGAAAAAAAUGUGCCCUAGUUGAAUUUUCCUACUUGCAGUUUUGAAAGUGAUUUGAAUGUAUAUCAUUUUCUUUCUAUUUUUUUACACUUUAGUGGAACAUCUAUAUAGUCCCUCUUUCACAAUUAGUAGUGAACGUCUAAGUUAGCCUGAAUUUAACAUAGAAGUUUGAUUUUACAGAAAGUUUGAAUCAUUUGCAGCUAAACUUAUAUCUCAUUACUUGUAAAGUUAUAAUUAUCAAGGCCUCAUUUUUUAUGCAUCAGAAAACAUUAUGUGGCAAACAGUUUGAAAUUAUUCACCAUAAAAUUGCUGAUUAAGCAUUAUGUAACAAAAUUUAAAAUUAUUCAACCCUUAUCAAAAGAAAAACUUCUUAUUGCCAUAAAAUUUAAGCACAUUAUAAAAUGACAUAAUUAAUACACUUUUGCUAUCAUACAGCUAUUUAAAACAGUUUUUAUGAAAGACCAACAUACACACACUCACUUAGACUGUUAGAAAUCUUUUGAUAGGCCAUUAAUCAAACUGUUUGGCCAAAAUUCUCCAUUUGCCAAGCAACAAGAAACAAACUAAGUCAAAGUUUUAUAUAUAUAUGGUAACACUGACGUGGAAUUGACUUGACUAAGUGUAAAGUUUCAGACUUUGAUUAUGCAGUCAUACAAAAGUAAAAGUUAUACAGAAAAUGAUAUGGCUGCAGUAUCAUGUUAAACUAUGGGCCUUGAGUUAUAUGGAAGAAAUUAAAAUAAAGAUAUUAUUUCAAUACCAAGUAUGUCAGAGUGAGGUCACACUAAUGAAAUUGUAAUAACUAACUAUUUUGAUAUUUUUUAAACAAACUUUGUUCAGUGUGAGGUUUAAGUGUUUAUGUAUAUUUUUUUACCAAUCUAGUAAGCCAUGCUAGCUGUAUCUUUUGUUUGAUACUAUAAAGACCUGAUUGCUGUGGCCUAAUCUUGUCUAUACACUUACUAAUCAUUCUGCUAUGUAUUAUGCUUAUGUUUGAAGUCAAGCAUAUCUUCCAAGUAUAGACAAGUAAAAUGUUUAUUUAUUGGUGUUAGAUUAUAUAAUACCACUUCAAUGCUACCGAUCUGUUUACUGGGAAUAUGUAGUUUUGUAAACAAUACUUUACCAUUUAAGUAUCAAGUAUGGAAAAGUCCAUUAACAAUUUAGCUUAAGAUUACUUUUUUUUUAACCAGUAUAUUCUUUGUACAGUUUCCAGCAUGAUUAAAACCCAAAUAAAGGUUUUUGUCAAGGUUUCUAUGUUUGAUUAUGUGGGCAAUAUAUUGUUUUUUAGAAUUAAGACAAAUAAAAUUUGUGUAUAUUUUAUUCUA